AUGCUGAUAUCUGCUAUAAACUAUGUUUCAGGAGCACUAUAUGUAAAGGGAGCAGACACCCGAGAAAGACGAAACAUUACAGGAAGAGUGAAGGCGCAAGGCAGGAGAGAGCUUCUCUUUUCGACAUUAGCAGCUGUCGAAAUCAGUGACUCCAAAACCGAGCUUCUUAACAAGUUUUUAAAGAAAUCUGAAGAGAACAAGGAGAAAAAUGACAAGGAGAGGCUGGAGAGCUACUAUAAGCGCAACUACAAAGACUAUUUUGGUGUGUUAGAAGGGACUCUGAGGCAAAAGUUGGAAAACAAAGAGCAAAUUUCUGAAUCAGAGCAGAAGAUUCUUGAAUGGCUUGACAAAAACAACAAGAUCAAUGAUGCCAUGUAUAUGGUCAGCAACAAUCCGUGCUACAAGCUGAGGAGAGAACUUGCUCGUCAUAUCAACACGAGCUUGCUCUCCUUUGGUUUUGGCCUCUUCGUAAUUGGUCAUUACAUGCCUCAUUAG